AUGUCGUUUCCAAUAGUCUCAAAGUUUGGAGUUCUAGUGCCGAAAUCGUAUACUAUAACGUACUCUUCCAUAGAAAACUUCUCUUAUAAAAAGCAAUUGCUUGUGCUAUAUAAAAGAUUUUACAAGCUCCGACUUUACCAGGCUGAUAGCCAUAGUAAAAUGAACUACGUGAAAUAUCUUAAGAGGAAAAUCAAAUACGAAGAUUUCAACCUAAGAAGAAGAAUAUUUCUCGAACAGAAUUGUGUUGAAGACCUAUCUCCUACUGAUAUAGUUAGACGAAUGGUCAAUACCUUAGCAUUUGUUCAGAAUGCCUCAGUUUUCAACCGAACGUACGAAAACGAAGCAAGAUUGAAUGGAAACAAAAAUUCUUCCAAAGAAACUAGUGGUUUAUACGCGGGGACAAUAGAAUCUCAAAUUCUUGCUACCAUCUUACAUAUGGAGUACUCUAUGCCUACUAGCGUGAAGGUGGACCACAAGUUCUCUUGGGUUGAUAAGCUCAAUAUGGUAGUACUGCAGAUAGAGACUCCGCUCAAGUUUGAAAAGUCAUCACUCAAGAUGGAGAGCACACUAGUACUUAUGGGGUAUAUAGAUUAUCAAGAAAAUUUGAUGAGUUUGAAUGAAAGCUACCGAAUAUGCCUAUAG